AUGGCAAUGUAUCCUCAACAAUUAGUCCCAGAAGUGGUAUCUCCAUCAUCCAAUCUAUCACCAGCAUUUGGCUCCGCACCUACACCAGUCCUAGCAGCUACUUCCUACACCAGUUACGGCACCGGUAUUUGGAGCACCAUCAUCCACCAUGUCAUUUGGAACAUCAACGACCACUUCAGCAUUUGGAACAACAACCAUACCAACAUUUGGAAAUCCAACACCAAAGAAAGAGGAGACAUUAUUAUUUUCCCAGGUGAAUCAAGUAUAGAAGCGUUGAAAGAAGGACAAUGGAAAUGUGCUUGUUUUGAAACUGUCAACGAAGUAAAUAACAAAACAUGCAAUAUCUGUAUGGUUCCAAAUCCAACAGCUGCAAAAACCUCACUCUUUGAAAAUCCAACACUAACACCAUCAACUCCACCUGUGAAAAAGAAAGAUACAUCAAUAGUGAUGACGGUGCCGACGAAAAGGAAGAGAGUUUCAACAAGCAGAAAGAAGAUGAUACUAGAAGCUUAUGAGAAUGGUGAUCAUGAUGAUGAAGAAGAUGACCAAGAUGAUGAAGAAGAUCAAGAUGAAGAAGAUGACUAUGAUGACCAAGAUAAUGAUUCUUAUCAAGAUCAACAAGAAGAGGAAGACGAGAGUGAAGAGGAGAAAGAUCAGCCACCAAGUUUCAUAGUUGAAGAACCAAGAGCUAAAGUUUCAUUCGGUAGUGUUGAUACCCCUAAUACUCCUCCAACCGUUUUUGGAGGUGCUCUCACAGCUUCUACAUCUUCAGUUUUUGGUGGUUCUACUUCUAUCUUUGGCAGUCAAACUACUCUUGCAUCCAAUUCAACACCAUCAACAUCAUCCGUUUUUGGAAGCAGUGGAUCCUCUGUAUUCGGAAACAAUCAACCAACACCCGCACUUCAUAUCAAAUCAAGAGCUGAUUAA